AGAAAUUUCCUUGCAAGUGAGGCUAUUUUGAUGCAAAGCGAUGAUGGCUGCACAUCUUUUUUGGAGGUAACCAUUGCUAACAGAAGAAAAUAAUGAGUGGAAGCACUUCUUACCUCCUUUUAUAGCAAUCAGUCUGCUCUCAUAAUCCAAUCAGAAUGAUAGUGAUUUCACCAGAGUAGUACUCCUUGACACUUUCCCAUGUGCUGAUGCUAUGAUUAGUGAAAUGAUGUUUGCUGGUCAUUUUGUGCAAGGACCAAAACACAGUGAACUUUGGGGUUUUGUGACAAAGUUCUUUUUUUUUUUUUUUUUUGGCCAAUGAAGCUUUUUGCAAUUAUUUAAAAUGCAUCUGAUCACUCAGCACAAUUAUCUAGAAACAAUGUGAAUCAACACCACAACAACUGAAGCAGCAAACUUUGUGAAACACAAAAUGUAUGUUACUGCCAAUACUUUUGGGAACUUUCGGGAAUAGGCGGUGUUAAAAAAUUGUACUGCGGCGAACCACUAGUGGGCCUCAAACAUUUUGGCUUCACUGACUGUUCGACGUCCACCCGUUCUCCCCAUGUUUACAGUCUCUGGUGUACCUACAUAACUGUGUUAAGGUUGGAACUUUUAUUUUGAAAAAUUGCUCUCAGCGCCAUAUUGACUCUGUACCCUGUCGUAACGCUGAAUUUUUUUUCCGGCUUUGUUUCCACUGUGUAACAUGGCUUUUCAGUGUCAGAGGGAUAGUUAUAUGAAAGAAUUUGUUACGUCGGUGGUGUCCUGUUCGCCUGCCGAACUGAAACUGGACAGCAACAACGGCAAGAAAGAAAAAGUGAAGGGCUUCAAUGUGAUACUAAAAGACACAAUUCUGUUCCCCGAGGGAGGCGGACAGCCUGAUGACCAUGGACUCAUCGAGGAUGUGGCUGUGGUGCGAGUGUUGAGGCAGGGAACAGAGGCAGUGCACUUCAUCACCUCAGCAAUAGAAGAAGGCCGUGAGGUUCGGCUCAAGGUGGACUGGGAGCGUAGGUUUGAUCACAUGCAGCAGCAUUCAGCCCAACAUCUGAUCACUGCAUUGGCAGACACAAUGUUUGGAUAUAAAACUACCUCAUGGGAGUUGGGCCGUCAGCGCAGCAGUAUCGAGCUGGAUGCGGCCUCUGUGAAGCCAGGAGAGAUGGAGGCAUUGGAGGAUGCGGUCAAUGACAGGAUCCGUGCUCAUGUCCCAGUCAAUGUGCGCCUCCUCUCUAUAGAUGACCCUGAUGUUGAGAAGGCAAGGAGCAGAGGGCUUCCUGAUGAUCAUGCUGGACCAAUCAGGAUCAUUGAUAUUGAGGGAGUAGACGCCAAUAUGUGUUGUGGGACCCACGUGUCCAAUCUCAGUCAUCUACAGGUGAUUAAGAUUCUAGGGAUGGAGAAAGGGAAGAAGAACAAGACCAACUUAAUUUUCAUAGCUGGAAACAGAGUCCUGAAAUACUCAGAGAAAUGCUACAACACGGAAAAGUCACUGACAUCGCUGCUGAAAACAGGGCCAGAUGAACAUGUUGAUGCCGUGGACAAAUUGCAGAAAACUGUCAGGCGCCUUCAGAAGAGUAACCUCACUAUCCUCAGGGACAUGGCUGUUCUUAUAGCACAGAACUUCAAGAGCCAGCCAGAGAGAGGCAACUUCUUCAGUUUGCACAACAAGGAUGGUGACAACGAGUUCAUGAACAUCAUUGCCAAUGAGAUUGGCUUUCAGGACACAAUAAUUUUUCUGACGGUGGGGGAAGAGAAAGGAGCAGGACUGUUUCUCCUUGCAGGGCCUGAGAAUCUCGUAACUGAAGUUGGGCCACGAGUAGUGCAGCUGCUACAGGGAAAAGGUGCAGGAAAGAACGGCCGUUUCCAAGGCAAAGCCAACAGCCUGGCGAAGAGAGCCGAGGUGGAGGCUUUGCUGCAGGAGCACAGCCGCCGGCGCACUGCAGGAGAGGAGUGACAGAUGAACAGAUGGAUCCUGGUGCCCUCGCUGCCUAAAGAGCACAUGAAGCUUCAGCUGGACUGACUACAGCCAGCUCUUUAAACCGCCAUUAUGACAAUUUAUUAUUCUAACAAUUUUGCUGACAAAUUUUCGGUUAUUUGUUAAUCUUGUAAAUCUUUGUUAAUCUAAGUUAAAUCAGGUUUAUUUAUGAAUUGUAUUUAAAGCAAGAAAGUCGAAUGCGCUGUUAAGUUUAUUCAAUCAACAGGACAAAACACACAGACGCACACACGAAGCCGAGGCAGAUCGUUUCCAUAGAUGAGAAAUAUUUUGAUUGAAUUGUGUAUGUCAGUGGUUUUCAAAGUUUGGGGGCGCCCGGGGGCGCCCGGGGGCCCUCAACAAUUUGGUGUGCCCAUCCCUCCCACUAGUAUGUUUUUUCUUUCUCACUCUCAGACAACCACACACACACACACUCAAUUCCUAAUGUUAUGUUAAGAUGUAAUUAUUAAUAAAAAAAAAAAAGGGGG